GUAUGACCGGUUGCUACGGAUCCGAGCACUAAGGUGGGAAUAUGGCAGCGUCCUGCCAAGCAGCAUCCAGUUUCACAUGUCAGCUGAGGAAGUGGAGUGGUUCAAUCGGUACAAAAAGUCUCUGGCUACCUACAUGAGGUCAGUAGGAGGAGAGGAGGGGCUGGACCUCACACAGGACAUAAAACCUCCUAAAAGCCUGUACAUUGAAGUGCGGUGUUUAAGAGAUUACGGAGAAUUUGAGUUGCUGAAGAAGAAUAGCCAGCACUUUUUGCCCCGCUGGAAAUGUGAGCAGUUGAUCAGACAAGGAGUCCUUGAGCACAUUCUGUCAUAA